AUGCAACAGAAGAACAUGAACCAGAACAGUGAUCAAACAGAAGAUACCCCAACAGGAUACUCUGCUGAUAUCAAUAUUAGUACCCCAACAGGAUACUCUACUGACAUCAAUAUUAGUACCCCAACAGGAUACUCUGCUGACAUCAAUAUUAGUACCCCAACAGGAUACUCUACUGACAUCAAUAUUAGUACCCCAACAGGAUACUCUGCUGAUAUCAAUAUUAGUACCCCAACAGGAUACUCUACUGACAUCAAUAUUAGUACCCCAACAGGAUACUCUGCUGACAUCAAUAUUAGUACCCCAACAGGAUACUCUACUGACAUCAAUAUUAGUACCCCAACAGGAUACUCUACUGACAUCAAUAUUAGUACCCCAACAGGAUACUCUGCUGAUAUCAAUAUUAGUACCCCAACAGGAUACUCUACUGACAUCAAUAUUAGUACCCCAACAGGAUACUCUGCUGACAUCAAUAUUAGUACCCCAACAGGAUACUCUGCUGACAUCAAUAUUAGUACCCCAACAGGAUACCCUGCUGACAUCAAUUUGAGCUAA